AUAAACAGCAAUUUAAGUGUUAAGUAAAUAUAAGCGACAGUGCAUAUUAUCUACUUCGGAUAUAACCAAACCGAAACUUUUUUCGUUAACUUGUUCACGUUCUUGUUAAUAAAUAAUUGUGAAAAAAGACACGUUAGAAUAUCAUCAGACUAUCACAGUUACAAUUAAUCAAUUUAAAAUUAACGUCAUACAUAAAUACCUUAUGGGUUGAUGCAUGUAAAUAAGAUUGAAAUCAAAAUUGAUUAAUUCUGGUUAGAAAAAUACAAUCUGUAACAUUAGCAAAAUAAAUAAGUUCAUACCCACACACUACGAUAUGCGUGUAGAUCUUGUUUAAGACUGGUAUCUUUAAAAUACCCGUAUACUUAUUGUUAUUUUUUAAAUGACAACAAUUAUGUGUAGCUUUUAACUAUACAAUAAAGAUUUCAGUGUCUACGACCAUCAAUCAAUAAGUACAUACAUACAUCACUUACAUAAUAAUCAACAAUUUACAACACCGCCAUGUUAAAAUCACGACGAGCCAGGAUUCUAACGAGUGUCGUCAUUCUGUCCAUAUUUUACUACCUCGCCUCCUUUUACGGUCAUUGGGGUAAACGCCACUGCCUAACCUUCUGGAACGAACAUAUCACACCCCACAUGUUCUCUGCGUGGCGACUAACUUGCAACCUCGAUGAGGAAAAGUCCAGAUUGGAAUCUUUUCUAAUUCGAGGAAAAAAUAUAUAUCGUCCAUUACUUAAUGCAAAUAAGGCUAAACCAACUGUCGAAUUACUAUCAAAUCUUGUAACUCAUCAAAUUGACGCCAUACAACAGAAACCAUGUGACCAGCCCAAUUUCGUUUGUGGACAUCGCGACAGUUGCGGACUAGCGUGCCAACUUCACCAUAGGAUUGGCUGCCUUUUAAUUUCUUACGUAACAAGUAUGCCACUAAUUCAUACCGUGGAGAGUGACAAUUGGCUAUAUUCGAACAAAUGGAGUGACGCCUUUAUCCCGAUGGGAUCAAAUUGUACUCCGUGGAAAAAUACGUUUCGAUGGGAUUGGCUUCCGGAUGAGAAACCUUUGUCAAAGUGUCACAAUGUCCUGCUUGACCACGCCGGGACAGCAAUUCCAUACCCACUCACCGGGGGAAUUCCUAUAUCUCCAGAAUUCCAAUAUAUACUCGACUCUGUCAAAGACCAAAUUCCUGACCCCUUUAUCUGGAUGAUUGGCCAGUUUGCCAAACAUGCGAUGAGAUUAAACCAAACGCUUGAGCAGGAAAUAAUACGAUGGAAGAAAGAGAUAGGAUUCUACCCAGAACACGGAACAAUUGUGGGCCUACAAAUCAGACGGACCGAUAAGACUGAGGAAGAUUCCGACACGCUGCACGAUCUACAAGAAUACUUCACGCAUGCUGAGACAUAUUUUAGAAAACUGGAAACAUCUGCAGAUCUCGGGGGGGGGGAUAUCGCUCCCCAGAGUUGCUUACAUUUCAUCGGAUGAUACCACCGUCUUGUAUGAGGCCAGAAGAAGGUAUCCUUCCUGGACAAUUGUGGGAUUUGAGUCCACCCUCUCGGAAUCCUUGACUAAUAGGAAGCACGGCCUUUUCGAAAUCGUCCGAGAUAUCGUUCUACUUUCCCAGUGCGAAUACAUAGUUUGUGGAUUAUUAUCAAAUGUGUGUCGACUCUUGUACGAAAUUCAGGCCGUUCAAGAUUUCCGGUACGAUGGUCCACAUCUUAAAUCGUUAGAUGGCACUUACAGUUUCUUAUUGCAAGGAAGGCAUACCAUGGCGAGAGAAAAUAUGAAGGUUUGGACUGUAAGCGACAAAUUUGAGGGGAUAUGUAUGUAGUUGGAUGUCAAGUAUAGCGGUGCGUAGGUAUAUGAUACAUAUAUAUGUAAUCAAAUUAUUGAAAUAUAUAUGAUAUUCUGCACAAGAAGUCUUAAUUUAUUGAGAUAGACUUAUUGCCGUCUGUGGUUGCAUGUAAAUAGAAAAGAUUUAACGCCAUGAGGUAUACACGGGCAAAAAUAUCUUUUAAUAAACUUCUGUCAUGUGUGAUUGAGCUUUAUU